AUGUGGCCUUUGUUCAUUCUGCUAUUCUUCCACAGUAAAGAGAAGACUUUUAACAAGGACCGCCUCUUUGGUGCUAUCGUGAGGGGGAACCCUGAGGAGCUGGAUGGACUGGGGGACUAUUUGAGAAGAAGUGGCAAAUAUCUUACCAACUCUGAGUACACAGAUGGAGAAACGGGCAAGACCUGCUUGAUGAAGGCCUUGCUGAAUUUAAAAGAUGGGGCAAACCCCACCAUCCCUUUGCUGUUGAAGAUAGACAAGGAGACCAAGAACCCAAGGCCUCUGAUCAAUGUAGCUUGUAAGGAUAGCUUCUAUAAAGGCCACACAGCACUCCACAUUGCCAUUGAGACGAGAAAUCUAGAUCUGAUCAAGCUCCUGGUGGAGAACGGCGCAGACAUCCAUGCCAAGGCCUGUGGAAAGUUCUUCCACCAGCAAGAGAAAGGGGCAUGCUUCUACUUUGGUGAGCUUCCCCUCUCCUUAGCUGCUUGCACCAACCAACCAGAAGUGAUCAGCUAUCUCCUGGAUAACCCUCAUCAGAAGGCCAACCUGGCAGAGCAGGAUUCCCUGGGCAACACAGUCCUCCACGCCUUGGUGAUGGCGGCCGAUGAUGCGGAUAAGAAGAACAGGGAGCUGGUGAUCGAGAUGUACAACAAGAUCCUGAUGCACAGUGCCACGCUCAACCUACGCCAGAAACUGGAGGAAUUAACCAACAGGGAAGGCUUCAACCCUUUGACCCUGGCUGUCAAGACUGGAAAGAUAGAGAUCUUCAAGUACAUUAUUCACCGUGAAAUCAAAGACCCGGAGUACCGUCACCUUUCGCGGAAGUUCACUGAAUGGACCUAUGGGCCUGUCCACAUCUCUCUCUACGACCUGACCUCCAUUGACAGCUAUGAGGAGAACUCUGUGUUGGACAUUCUUGCCUACAGCAGCGAUACUCCGAAGCGGUACGAGAUGGUAGUUCUGGAACCUAUAAACAAGCUUCUUCAAAGCAAAUGGGACUCCUUUGCUGCCAUGAGAUUUUACAUCAGUUUUUUCUCUUAUGUGGUGUUCAUGUCAGUGUUCUCAGCUGUUGCUUAUCAUCGGCCUCUGGAGGGGAAGCCUCCUUUUCCAGUGACAUUCACUGCUGGAGAUGUAUUGAGGCUCAUUGGCCAGUUCAUUGUCUUAACUGGAGGCGUGUAUCUCCUCAUUGAUCAGGCUAUUUACCUGUGGAGAAGGCGCCGGUCGCUGACAACUCUGCUUCAGGAUGGCUACAUCGAGAUUUUUCUGCUGUUGCAGUCAGUGACCCUGCUGGUUUCGGCAGUGAUGUACCUUGCAGGGCUGGAAGAUUACCUGUCUUUGAUGGUUUUCUCCCUCCUGCUCGGCUGGAUAAACCUGCUGUAUUACAUGCGAGGCUUUCAGCAGACUGGGAUCUACGUUGUCAUGAUACACAAGGCUAUUCUGCGGAACCUCAUCCAUUUCCUCAUGGUCUAUGUGAUCUUCCUCUUCAGCUUUUCAACAGCCCUUGUCAUACUUACCGGGGAGGUUCCCCAGCCAGCCCAGAAUGGGUCUUCCCUCGUCAGCAGUGAUGGCAAAGACCAAGUCAAGUAUGUCGGGCUGUUGCAGACUUCCCUGGAGCUGUUCAAGUUCACCAUUGGGAUGGGGGAGUUGGAGUUUCAAGAGAAGAUAAGGUUCAGGUACUUUGUGAUGUUCCUCCUGCUCUUCUAUGUCAUCAUGACUUACAUCCUCCUGCUGAACAUGCUGAUUGCCCUGAUGAGCGAGACGGUCACCGAGGUCUCUGAAGACGGUCAAAAGAUCUGGAAGCUGCAGCGAGCAACUGCUAUUAUGGAGUUGGAGAAAAGCUGGGUUUGGCAUUGGCAGAAACCCAAGCGAUCUGGUUGCCAGCUGUCUAUCGGCUCUGAAGACGAGAAAGAUAAGAGAUAUUUUUUCCGAGUAGAAGAGCUUGAUUGGGCUAACUGGAAGAAAGAGGUGGGAGUCCUCAAGGAGGAUCCUGCAGACUCAGACCACAACGAGACAGUGUCAAAAGGCAAGUGAAGAACAA